CAGCAAGACGCGGACGUCGCUCUUCCAAGAUGGCGGCGCGUCCGUCGCGAGCGACCGGGCCCGGGGGAAGCCAGCGAAGCCGAGUAAAGCCGCCGCCCGGGAGAAGACUGAAGGAGCAGUUGUCGCCGUUGGCGGCUGCCCGAGCAGUUUUCGCUGCUGCUACGGCUGUUGCCAUGAGGCGAGGCUAGGGAGGACCUCACUUCCCCGGGGUGUAAUAAUGUUAACUGAGGCCAGUCUAUCCAUAUGGGGAUGGGGAAGCCUUGGCAUUGUCCUUUUUCUGAUAACCUUUGGACCCUUUGUAAUAUUUUAUUUGACAUUUUAUAUCCUCUGCUUUGUGGGUGGGGGUUUAGUGGUUACUCUCCUGUUUGGAAAAACAAACUCAGAGAAGUACCUAGAACAGUGUGAACACUCAUUUCUUCCUCCAACAUCAACUGGGGUUCCUAAGUGCUUAGAAGAAAUGAAACGGGAAGCCAGGACUAUUAAGAUUGAUAGAAGGUUGACGGGUGCCAAUAUAAUUGAUGAACCUCUCCAGCAAGUUAUCCAGUUUUCCUUGAGGGAUUAUGUCCAGUAUUGGUAUUAUACACUAAGUGAUGAUGAAUCUUUUCUUCUUGAAAUUAGGCAGACUCUUCAAAAUGCACUCAUUCAGUUUGCUACUAGGUCAAAAGAAAUAGACUGGCAACCUUAUUUUACUACACGCAUUGUAGAUGAUUUUGGCACACACUUACGAGUAUUCAGAAAGGCUCAACAGAAAAUAACAGAGAAAGAUGAUCAAGUAAAAGGUACAGCAGAAGAUCUUGUAGAUACCUUCUUUGAAGUUGAAGUUGAAAUGGAGAAGGAGGUUUGCCGUGAUCUAGUGUGCACUUCCCCCAAAGAUGAAGAAGGAUUCCUAAGGGAUUUGUGUGAGGUCUUACUAUAUUUAUUGCUACCUCCUGGAGAUUUCCAGAACAAGAUCAUGCGAUACUUUGUCAGGGAAAUCCUUGCACGAGGAAUUCUUCUUCCAUUAAUAAAUCAACUCAGUGAUCCUGAUUAUAUUAAUCAGUAUGUCAUAUGGAUGAUCCGUGAUUCUAACUGCAACUAUGAGGCCUUUAUGAAUAUUAUUAAAUUGAGUGACAAUAUUGGAGAACUAGAAGCAGUCAGAGAUAAGGCAGCAGAAGAAUUACAGUAUCUUAGAUCUCUAGAUACAGCAGGUGAUGAUAUCAACACUAUCAAAAAUCAAAUAAAUAGCUUACUAUUCGUAAAGAAGGUAUGUGACUCAAGAAUACAGCGAUUGCAGUCAGGCAAAGAAAUAAAUACUGUGAAACUUGCAGCAAACUUUGGGAAACUUUGCACAGUCCCCCUGGACAGCAUUCUUGUAGACAAUGUUGCACUACAAUUUUUUAUGGAUUACAUGCAGCAAACUGGAGGUCAAGCACAUCUAUUCUUUUGGAUGACAGUGGAAGGAUACCGGGUUACUGCCCAACAGCAGCUAGAAGUUUUAUUAAGUCGUCAGAGAGAUGGAAAACAUCAAACCAACCAAACCAAAGGUCUUUUAAGAGCAGCUGCUGUUGGAAUUUAUGAACAGUAUUUAUCUGAAAAGGCAUCUCCAAGAGUUACUGUUGAUGACUAUUUAGUAGCAAAAUUAGCAGAUACUUUGAAUCAUGAAGAUCCAACCCCUGAAAUCUUUGAUGACAUUCAAAGGAAGGUAUAUGAAUUGAUGCUACGAGAUGAAAGAUUUUAUCCUUCCUUCAGACAGAAUGCACUUUAUGUGCGCAUGUUAGCUGAGCUUGACAUGUUAAAAGAUCCUAGUUUCAGAGGAUCCGAUGAUGGGGAUGGAGAAUCUUUUAAUGGGUCUCCUACAGGAAGCAUAAAUUUGUCUUUAGAUGACCUUUCAAAUGUUUCUUCUGAUGACUCAGUACAACUUCAUGCCUACAUUUCAGACACUGGCGUUUGUAAUGAUCAUGGCAAGACAUAUGCAUUAUAUGCCAUCACUGUACACCGGCGCAACCUAAACAGUGAGGAGAUGUGGAAAACCUAUCGUCGUUAUAGUGACUUCCAUGACUUCCACAUGAGAAUCACUGAACAGUUUGAAAGUCUCUCAAGCAUAUUGAAACUUCCUGGAAAAAAGACUUUUAAUAAUAUGGAUAGAGAUUUUUUAGAAAAGAGAAAAAAGGAUCUAAAUGCAUAUUUGCAGUUACUGUUAGCUCCUGAAAUGAUGAAGGCAUCCCCAGCUUUAGCUCACUAUGUGUAUGAUUUCCUUGAGAACAAAGCCUACAGUAAAGGAAAAGGGGAUUUUGCUCGCAAGAUGGACACUUUUGUAAAUCCGCUUCGCAAUUCUAUGAGGAAUGUUUCAAAUGCAGUUAAAUCCCUUCCUGAUAGCUUGGCAGAGGGAAUGACUAAAAUGUCAGACAACAUGGGCAAAAUGUCAGAAAGAUUAGGUCAAGACAUAAAGCAAUCAUUUUUUAAGGUGCCUCCUUUAAUUCCUAAGACUGAUUCAGACCCUGAACAUCGCCGAGUUUCGGCUCAACUUGACGAUAAUGUGGAUGACAAUAUUCCACUUAGGGUAAUGCUGCUUCUCAUGGAUGAAGUAUUCGACUUAAAAGAAAGAAAUCAGUGGUUGCGAAGGAAUAUCAAAAACCUACUUCAGCAGCUUAUUAGAGCUACAUAUGGUGAUACUAUUAAUAGAAAAAUAGUUGACCAUGUUGACUGGAUGACUUCACCUGAACAAGUAGCUGACUCAGUGAAACGUUUCAGAGAUGCAUUUUGGCCAAAUGGCAUUUUAGCAGAGACUGUUCCAUGCAGAGAUAAAAGUAUUCGAAUGAGAACAAGAGUAGCAGGAAAAACGAAAUUACUUGCAAUUAUGCCAGAUGAGCUGAAGCACAUUAUUGGGGCUGAGACAACACGGAAAGGUAUUCUUCGUGUUUUUGAAAUGUUUCAGCACAACCAAUUAAAUAGGAGAAUGGUUUAUGUCUUCUUGGAAGGCUUUUUAGAAACCUUAUUUCCACAGUAUAAAUUCCGUGAACUUUUCAACAAACUGCAUUCACGGUCAAAGCAGAUGCAGAAAUAUAAACAGAAACUUCAAACUACUCAAGCGCCUUCUUUGCAGAAAAGGUGACACUCCACUUUAUGAAGCUGGUGUUCAUUUUGUCCAGGACUAACGGUAUGGACAGAUCUUCUGGGGCUUAACUCGAAUACUGUUGUGUCUGCACCAGUCUUUUAGUGUCUCAAAAUAGAUUAUUAAUACAUCCAUAAGUCUGUGGUUCUUUUCAUUCUCAUCUAUAAUCCACCACUACCAAGAGAGAUUUCUGUGUCUCAAAUGAUUUGGUGCAUAUUUUGCAACAUUGAGAGAAAACUGCCCCCAUCUCAAGCAAGAAUGGCGUUGAUUUCUUCCAUUUCAAACUAAUCAGCAUUCUCCAGCAAUGACAAGUGCCAGAGUGUAUAUAUGAAAGCUAAGGAAAGCACAAAACAAUGGUUCAGAGAUAAAUUGGCUAAUUUGUUUAACAGUUGGAGACUGUGCAAUGUACGAUUUGGAGGAAUUUGUUUGGCAUAAUGAUUUUGUAGGUCUGUGUCAGCAUUUUGAUAUAUUGUGGAUUAGCCAGGUGAAUGAUCCUUGAAACAUCUCUUUCAGGUCUGGGGAAAGAGAUAGAAUGCCCUUAAAGUGUGAAAUAACCUUAUACCUGAAUUACAGUUUUGUGAUAUAAAAUAAAGCUGAGUAUAAAAUAAAACCAAUCAAACACAGAAUUUGAUUGGAUUUGUUAUUCAUUGGUAUACAACAAUUUUUAUUCUUAUGUGUGCUUUAAGGGCUGUGUUUUGCUCUUAUGGUACUCAAUUUUAUGUUUCCUUUUGGCAUUCUUUGUGCAAAAAGAAGCAUGUGGUGGCUCUCAUUUAAAUUUCAAAAUUAUUAGUUUUAUCUUUAACAGAUUACUGAUUAUACAGAAGAUAUAAUUUAUUGGAAGAACUGCCAAAUACAUUUUGUCCUUCUAAAAAUAUGGAAAUUUAAAAAGUAGUCUGGAAAGUUACCAUAUGAUAAUUUUUAAUUGUGUGAUCUAGACAUGCCUUAGGUAACUGCAGAAAUAGCAAAUUAAAUGAUUAAUGAGCUUAUUAGUCAUAGUAAACAUAUAAAUUCCUAAUUCUAUGACAGUGUACAUAUAUGAAAAUAAAUGAUGAAAAAAGAACUAUAAUAUUUUUAAAAUAUGCUUUUAUUUAUAUUUCACAUAAUGUAAAAUUCUACAAAAUAAAGCUAGUAGGCAAAACCCCACAGUGUAUACCUUUAAACCCAUAAAUUAAUUUUAUAUCAAUAAAAUAAAAUACUUUCUCUAGUUUUGGAGCUUCUGUAUUUCCUGUAGUUUUCUCACUGUCCAUUUUAUCCAUCUUAGAAGUCUUCAUAUCCCUUCUAUGCAGGAUUUCUGCAUAGUUUUAAAUACUUUCAUUGUCUAAGGGUUUGGGUGUGUCAGCUUUUUUUGUUUCAAAAAUAUUUAACACUAAAACCUUAAAAUAGUGAAGCUACUUAUCAGACCACUGAGCCAAGAUCCUGGUAUUAAAAGAAAGUCUGGGUGCUUAAGAUAAAGGGACAGAGUAUUGGUAUCCCAGUUAUUUGGGAGCUUUAAGAUUGGAACAAGAUAUCACUGUCUUGUUUUCACUUAGAUCCUACUUACAAAGUGAGGCUUAUUAACAGAAUAAAGCCUUCCUUUAAAGCUUUAUAAUAAUCAUAUUUAUUAAUAAUGCUGUUGUGCAUACUUAUAGUAUGCAUAUAGCAUAUGUUGCAUGUCUUCAGAAUUACAUAAAAUGAAAUCCCUUUCAUUGCAACUUGCAAGUGAGAAAAGAUCCUUAGUGGCUCUGGUGGAAGAAAUAGUAUUUCUUCUUCUCAGGGUGUCUCCCUGCCUUGGCCCCUCCCUGAGCCCCAGGCUUUAAAAGUGAAGAUGUUUGAAACAUGAAACAUGUCUGUAGGAAGCAUCAGCAUGGCCAUAAGUGCAAUGAUUUUCGUAUAUGCCUCUGCCCAUUUCAAGUAUAUUUUUGACAUGAAUAAAUCUAACAGUAUACAGAAUAAUUCAUGUAAGACCCUAGCGUGUACAUGUGAAAAAGCAUUUCUGUAUAAUGUGAGGAGCACUGGCCAUCAAUCAGGGAAAGAAAGGUCGUGUAAUAUCGCAAAUUUUCAAAAUAGAGCCCUGCAAGAUAACUGCAAUCAUACCAAAAACUAUUUGAGUAAAUGGAUUUUUAAAGUAAUUUUUGUUUAAAAGAGUUUAUAUUUCAGAAGCAGAAAAUGUCAAAUGAUAGUCUUUGUAAAUAGUGGUGCAUCUUCUUUAUGCACAUCUGUCUUUUACGUAAGAAAGAGCUGUGGUCAUGCUAAAAUUAGAGAUAACUUUUUGAAUGACUUGGUCAAGCUGUGUGUAAAAUAUUUAACCAUAAGUCAAGUACAGUGUACUAUGUUUAAUAAAGUUACAUUUAAUGCAUUUAUUGCAUAUAUGAAUAUAUCCAUGAAGAGGCUUUAUGUCUUCUGGUAUUUGAUUUUGAAUGUUUUUUAAGUCAGUGGUGCCUUUAGGCAAGAACUUUCCAAAUUAAUCAUUCUUUGUGUUUUCUGAUUUUUCAGGUAACAUGUAAACUAUUUACAAACCAUCAUAGUUUAUUCACCUUAAAAAAUUGAUUGUAUUAUUUAAAUGUAUCACUUAGAUGGGCAUUUCCUAUAAUUAGGAUAUUCCAAAUAGUUGCUGAAAUCAAUUGUGCCAUUGACCAAUGGAUGCACUUGGUUAGCCUUAAUUUUUGUAAAAAAAAAAAAAAAAAAAAAAAUUAAAAACUUUCUUGAAUAUUUCAGUUUGUUCAUUUUAAGUUUGUGCUGCUGGUAUUUGGGAAAAAAAAAUCAAACAGUUAAGUGCUACCAGAAAGUGUACCAAUUUUUAUAAAAAUUAAGAAUAAUAUAAAUUUCACAAUCUAAAAUUUUAAUUCUGUGCAAUAUUUUCAUUUAAUGCAUGUGUAUUUGAGUAAUUGUAAGAUAAAUGAAUUUUUAAUUUUUUGAGAUGUAGCUUAAACUGUCUUCUUAAUCCAACAACUUACAUUCCGUUGUUGCUGCAUCCUUUUAUUUAAGGACUUGUUUUAAAAGUCUUUUUGUCACUCCUUGGAAAAUUCUUUUAUUAGUAGUAAAUUUUGCUUAUAGGAGCAUGGCUCCUGUAUUACAAGGGGAAAAAUAUAAAGAGCACAUUUUAGGAUUAUAACUGUUAAAAGAUAAUGUGUGCAUAUCAUUGUACAGUAAGUGUCAACUGUGUGCCUAACUGUUCUAUCAAUACUUUCUUUAACAAAGAAUAAACAACAAUCAGAAUGUCAGUUGUUUUUAUUCAACUAAAAGGAUUAAAAAAUUUAUUUGGUUUGUGUUCUGUCCAUUAGAAAAUACUAAUAAAGUAUUAACAAACA